UUCCAUCUCACACUCCCCUUUUCCCACUCGCACACCGAGAGGAGAGAGAAAAUCCAAAAUCCCAAAAUAAUUUUGUUAGAGAGAGAAAGCUUGGUUAGAGAGAGAAACGAAUCAACAAUGGCGUCCUCUACCAGAGUAGAUCUUGAUGGAAAUCCGAUUAAGCCGCUGACUAUUUGCAUGAUCGGUGCUGGAGGUUUCAUUGGCUCUCACCUUUGUGAGAAGCUCAUGUCUGAAACUCCUCACAAAGUUCUUGCUGUUGAUGUUUACAAUGAUAAGAUCAAGCAUCUUCUCGAACCUUCUACUCUUCCUUUUGCUGAUCGAAUUUCGUUUCACCGGAUUAAUAUUAAGCAUGAUUCUCGCCUUGAAGGUCUCAUUAAGAUGGCGGAUCUGACCAUCAAUUUGGCAGCGAUCUGUACUCCUGCUGACUACAACACUCGUCCACUCGACACAAUCUACAGCAACUUCAUUGAUGCAUUGCCAGUGGUUAAGUACUGUUCUGAGAAUGGCAAGCGUCUCAUUCACUUCUCUACUUGUGAAGUCUAUGGAAAAACCAUUGGUUGCUUCCUUCCCAAGGAUAGUCCUUUGCGCCAGGAUCCUUCAUACUUUGUUCUCAAAGAAGAUGAAUCUCCCUGUAUCUUUGGUCCCAUUGAUAAGCAGAGGUGGUCCUAUGCAUGUGCAAAGCAAUUGAUUGAGAGGCUUGUCUACGCGGAGGGUGCUGAAAAUGGUCUCGAGUUCACAAUCGUGAGACCUUUCAACUGGAUUGGCCCCAGGAUGGAUUUCAUUCCCGGAAUUGAUGGUCCUAGUGAAGGUGUUCCAAGAGUUUUGGCUUGCUUUAGCAAUAACCUACUGCGUCGUGAGCCUUUGAAGCUUGUGGAUGGUGGUGAAUCCCAGAGAACUUUCAUCUACAUCAAGGAUGCCAUUGAAGCUGUACUAUUGAUGAUUGAAAAUCCUGGCAGGGCAAAUGGGCACAUCUUCAAUGUUGGCAAUCCUAACAAUGAAGUUACUGUUCGACAACUUGCUGAAAUGAUGACCAAGGUCUACUCGAAGGUGAGUGGAGAGUCUGAAUUGGAAACACCCACUGUUGAUGUUAGCUCCCAGGAGUUCUAUGGUACAGGAUAUGAUGACAGUGACAAGAGAAUUCCUGACAUGACCAUCAUCAACAAACAGCUUGGUUGGAACCCCAAGACAUCUCUGUGGGACUUGCUGGAAUCGACCCUCACAUACCAACAUAGGACAUAUGCAGAGGCAAUCAAGCAGGCCAUAUUGAAACCAGUUGCCAGCUAAAGAUAGAAGAGAGAACGAAUUUCAGUGUGCCUGAGUAUAGUUGUGAUGCUCAGGGGGGUCACGCUUUGUUUAGCUGCUGUCUUCAAAUUCUUUUAGCAGAACUCUGAAAUAUGUCUAAAAUGGUUGAUUCACAUAUAUCUUAAUUUUUUCCUUUUUUUUUUUUUUAAUUUUUGUGUCGUUCUUAUGUGGGUAGUCGUGUUGAUGUUAUACUCAGUUGUAAUCUGGGGAGGGUACUUUAAAAAAUUAGGGGUACUAUAAGUGGUGCUGUAAUGUACUUGAUAGGGGUGUUAGACUGUUGGCAUAAUUGGGGACUAUAUGUGGCGAAACUGCUGAAAUGUUAUUAGUCUCCGAGAACAGGGACGUGUUUAUCUGUGAAAUCAGCUAUAUCUGUUUGUCGCAUGGAGAUAAGAAAUGCAAUGUACUACUAUAUAUUUUGAUUACAUCAAGUACGGUGUUCUUUCUUUGAUGAAUUGUAGAUAGAUUAUGUGCUU